CCGGAAGUGUUGUGUCGGCGGAGAACCCGCUGAAGGCGAAGGCGGCUGGCGGCGGCGGCUCGUCCGAGGGAGCGCGGACGGUAUGAGAAGCUAGGCGGCUGAGGCGCCGCUGAUUGGUUUGGGUCCACAUAAUCCCAAGAAGAAGCAAGAUCUGGACAAGCUCUAUGACCUCAAGGCUAAAGCUCAGCAGAUUAUGAACCAGUUUGGUCCAUCUACUUUGAUCAAUUUAUCAAACUUUUCUUCAAUCAAAGCAGAAGCAGGCAAUACUCCUCCUCAUAGUUCCAUGGCAAACAAUACCUCUGUGGCAAAGAUGCCUGGGACCCCUAGCAGUGGUGGGCGCCUCAGUCCUGAAAGUAAUCAGAUAUUAACAAAGAAGAAACUACAGGAUCUGGUUAGAGAAGUGGAUCCAAAUGAACAGCUGGAUGAAGAUGUGGAGGAGAUGUUGCUGCAAAUAGCUGACGACUUCAUUGAAAGCGUGGUGACCGCUGCCUGCCAGCUUGCACGGCAUCGCAAGUCUAACACUUUGGAAGUAAAGGAUGUCCAGCUGCAUCUUGAACGCCAGUGGAAUAUGUGGAUCCCAGGUUUUGGCUCUGAAGAAAUCAGGCCAUAUAAAAAAGCCUGCACUACAGAAGCUCACAAACAGAGAAUGGCAUUGAUCCGCAAAACAACCAAGAAAUAACUCUGGGAAAAGACAGAGAAAUGAAAAGAAAAAGACUCUUCUAUGAGGAAAAAAAAAAAAAAGUCUGCCUCUGAAGCUGUGGAAAGUACCCUUGAGGUCAUCUAAGGGAUAAUUUUUAAAUUUAUUUUUUGCAAUGCUUCACAGGGAAGCGUAUAUUUUCACAGUGCAGCAAUAAAAGGGUUAUUAAGAGAAGAUUUGCCAACCGCCAGUCGGUCUCCUCACAUCUGUUCCCCCAAAGGAACUUAUCUCGGAGCAUAGACUUUUAUUUUCCUCCUCCUAAGUGAUAUUACGGUAUCCAUGAUUGCCCAAGGGAUAAAACGUUUUGCUAUUUUUGAGAACAGUAUUAGAAGUGGCCAUAGGUUAUUAUUAUUAUUUUUCAUCAUCCCUUCCCUCCCUCUCAGCUACUUGUAAGGUUGCUAUUUACGGUAUUUGGACUUCUUGCAGAGAAAAUGAAUGAUGGGUCUCAAAAGCAGACCGCAGUAUUGACAGGAACUUCAGUUGAAAAUCUAUUCUUUUUUUUGUUUUAAUUUAAUGCUCAGGAUGUUGGGGUAAGUUGAAUUCUUUUUCUACCCCAAGCCCUAUAAAAAUGCAGUAGAAACAAGGCUUGACCUACAAAAU